UGGCUGUCUUCAGUUACGUCCGCUGAACGUGUUUAAAGAAGAGGCUCGCCUGAGCGGCUCCAUCAGUUUGACCUGACAAAGCUAACUGUAACCAUGUCUGGAAGAGGAAAAGGCGGGAAAGGACUCGGAAAAGGAGGCGCUAAGCGGCACCGUAAAGUCCUCCGUGACAACAUCCAGGGGAUCACUAAGCCCGCCAUCCGCCGUCUGGCUCGUCGCGGCGGAGUGAAGCGUAUCUCCGGCCUGAUCUACGAGGAGACCCGCGGCGUCCUGAAGGUGUUCCUGGAGAACGUGAUCCGUGACGCCGUCACCUACACGGAGCACGCCAAGAGGAAGACGGUGACCGCCAUGGACGUGGUGUACGCCCUGAAGAGGCAGGGUCGAACCCUUUCUGACCGGAGUCACAUUCACGUCUCCAGUGAAAAGUUUGAUCUAAGCAUGGCCAGAACCAAGCAGACCGCCCGUAAGUCCACCGGAGGAAAGGCUCCCAGGAAGCAGCUCGCCACCAAGGCUGCCCGGAAGAGCGCCCCUGCCACCGGCGGAGUGAAGAAGCCUCACCGCUACAGGCCCGGCACUGUGGCUCUGCGGGAGAUCCGUCGCUACCAGAAGUCCACGGAGCUGCUGAUCAGGAAGCUUCCCUUCCAGCGCCUGGUCCGGGAGAUCGCCCAGGACUUCAAGACCGACCUGCGCUUCCAGAGCUCGGCCGUCAUGGCCCUGCAGGAGGCCAGCGAGGCUUACCUGGUGGGCCUGUUCGAGGACACCAACCUGUGCGCCAUCCACGCCAAGAGGGUCACUAUCAUGCCCAAAGACAUCCAGCUGGCCCGCAGGAUCCGCGGCGAGAGGGCUUAGACCAACCGGAACAGUUCUGACAACACAACGGCUCUUUUAAGAGCCACCA